AUGGAGGGGAUGGAGGCGGCGGCGGCCAGACCUGCCAGCGGCAGCCCUCAAGGGUCCAACACAGGAAGCAGAAUAGCCACCGCCAUGCAGGUGACCUCGGCUGUGGAGAGAAAUGGUCCUGAGCCACAACCAGACAAUGGACCUCUCCUGAGACCCUGGCCUAACUCUCGGGAAGACAGAACACCCAGCCUGAUGGCCCUCAAGCCUCCCAGCACAUGGAGGGUGCGGGUCCAAGGCCCCUCUGUGCUGGAGUCCAAGGUGAGGGCUUUGAAGGAGAAGAUGACAGCAAGUAAACAAGGGGCCAGCUCCUGCCCCACCUCCCACGAGCAGUCAUCCCCCCAAAAACCCAAAUGCCGACGAGUCAAAGCUGGAGGGAUUCAGGCCCCACCAGAGGGCUGUUCCCUACCAGAGGGCAUGGUGGCCUCCCAUGCUCAGAACCCAUCCAAUGAGCCCCUGGACAGCAGUGUCAAUGAGGGGGAACCUUCCAGAAAUGGGGGCUCCAGGCCUCCCUGGUCACCUGCCCUUAGGCUGGAGUGCUGGAAUGGGCAGAGCCCGUGGUCUCCAGAAGCAACAUGGAUGUUGCCUGAUGGUGAGAAGGGUCUGCCACCAGAGCCUGGCUCUUUGCAAGAGAGCCUCUCCCAUGGAAUUACUCCUGGACGCCUGGGGGGGCCUGGUCCUUGGAAAGUCACCCACAUGCCCAGCCUGAAGAAAGGAAGGCCAUGUGCCCUUCAAGAUGGUCUGGUUGAAGUGAGAGACUUGGACAGCACUCCUCUGACCUCUGAGGAGAACUUUGUCCCCAGAGCAGCCCUGCUGCCAGGGCUCUGGAGACCUGGAGACCUGGAGGCUCUGGGCACUGGGGGCAGUGUCUUGUCCCUGUCUGACCAAGUGGAAAGGAAUCGCCUGCUGCUGCAGGAGAUGCUGAAGGUCUCAGGACAGAGCCCUCCCAAGGUGGAGACUCCAGCCUGGACUCCAUCCUGGGAUACAGCUGCACCAGAACGACCCUCAGGGGACGUGGACCGGGACUCGGGCAUCUCUCUGCAGGACUCAGACCAGAACAGGACCUUUGGUCCCAAGCCGGAGCCCAUGCUGAGCGCCAAGCAUGAGGAAGCCAAACAUCUGCUGCAUCGUGCCCGCAUGAAGGCCAGGACCCAGCCCCUCCGUGCCAACCAUGACAUCGUGCCCACCAUUGCUCAGGGCAGCCGAGAUGGCCAGAGAGGCCCAGCCCCGGACCCCAGGAUGACCUUUGCCUGCAGAGAUAGUCUCCAGAAUGGGAACGUGAGUGACUCCUCCAGUGGGGAGUCCAGCAGUGGGCAGUGGCCUAAGCAGGGCACGGCCCCUUCGCAUGUUCGCUUUCAAGACGAGACUGCCCGUGAGGCUGAGUCCCGCUACCUGGAGCGGCUGCAGCAGCGCCAGCGCCAGGUGCUGAGCACAGUGCUACCGGCCUCGGGCCAGGGGCCACUGCGCUCCAAGCCCCAUGUCACCCACUACAUUAACCGGGACAUGGGCGAGGGCACGUUCCCCAGGCCCCUGGGUGGCCUAGACCGCAGGGGCCUCCUGGCACCCCCAGCGCCAUGGGGCAGCGAGGGGAAGUGCAGAGCCUGUGGCCACUGUCUUCAGGACGGACGCCCUGCUGAGGGGAAGGUGCCUCCCAGCCCUGGGGUCGCCCAGGGACUCCAGGCUGCCUGUGGAGUGGAGGGGGUGAUGCCGGAGCCCCAAACCUCCUGUGGCCCCAGCUCCCCAUUCCAGCUCUUCCCUGCUGAGCCAGGGCUCCACUCAGAAUGGGUCCGGGAAACACACAUUGGAGACACCACCACGUGCCCUGAGGAGGGGGACUCUGCCCUGGACAGCACGGACACCUCAGACAGCUGCCGGACAGACAGUGAGGAACCUGGGACCUCUCAGCCCAGAAGGACAGGCGGGCGGCCCCGAGGCAGCAGCCUCCGACAGCGAGGCUCCAGGCCUCAAGGAGGCCAAAGGCGGUCCAAGAAAGCUGAGAUGGAGUCGUCCUGGGCCCCUGAGGCCCAGGAUGGGGUUCAUGAUGUGGAGGAGGGAGAUGAGGUGAAGGAAGGCAGGGGACAUACACCUGAUGGGACUCUGUUUCUAAGAGAAGAUGCUGUCCCUAAGCCUUCUGCCCUGGAAUCUGAGAGGUCUUCCCUUGGGUCCGAGAAACAACCUGAACAAGAACUGAAAAGUCACUGGGACCCUGUGGACUCCUGGGCUCCUUGCAGGACAGCCUAUGUCACAACAUCCUCCACAAAGCUUGGGCCCUCGGGGCCAGGCAGACCAGACCAAGUUAUAGAAGGCCACGAGUCUCCCGAAAUUGUCUGCACUUCCUCCCUGCAACAGAGCCAUGCAGAGCCCCCUGCUCACCGCCCAGCCUGGCAGCCAGCGGCUUCUCUCUCCCCUGAAGGCUGGCUGCCAACACCUCCCACUUCAAGGAAAACCACCUCCCCUGUGCCUCACAGGAAGGCAGCGCUGGCUCGGCCCUGCAGUCCCCAAGUCAGGCACCCACUGUUGGCCCUGUCCACCAACAACUGCAACAACUGUUCGCCCCUGGGGCUGCAGGAGCCCUGGGGAGCAGCCAUCCACAACGGCAGGGCAGACAGGGGUCCCUGUGGCCAGGAGCUGGACCUACCCCUGGAGGGCAGCGGAGACGGAGGAUUCCAGGGCUCUCUCAGCUUGGCAGACACCGUUGUCAACUCCAUGGGCAUUACCCUCUCCCUGGCCUCAGAGGAGCUGGAGUCCAGCCAGGACCUGGAAGAAGGUCUGCAGAGGACAGAGUCCAGUUCUGGAGGGCACAUGCCACCUGGAGCCUCACCAGAGGCCAAUGCAGGGCCCAGGGUGCCCCCAGCUACUGCUUCUGAAGCCAACAAGAAAAGGAGCAGCGGCCUGGCCUCCGCCCUGGGGCUGAAGAAGCUCCUCUCGGUCCUCGGCCAGACUUCCCGGCCCAAGUUGAGCAAGUCCCGUAGCUACAGUGUGGAGCAGCUGCAGCCCGCUGUGCCUAGCCCAGCUUCACACACCAGCACCUCCAAAGUGAAGAGAGCCCCGUCCUUACAGUCCCUGCAUCUGGUGUCACCCUCCCACCAACAUCGGAAAGCUUCCUCCUUUCAGAACCUCCAUUCUCUGCUGAGCGGCAAGGGGGACCGGUCCAGCCUGUACCUGGUAGAGGGGCCAGGAGAUUCUAGUGCACGAGGCAGGCUGGCCAAGGCCCCUCCCCGGCGGGCCCUCAGUGUGGAAGAUGUGGGUGCCCCCAGCCUGCCUCGCACCGUGGGCCGCGUGGUGGAGGUGUUCCCAGAUGGCACGAGCCAGCUGCAGCUGCAGCGCUCCUCAGAGGGCACUUUUGGCUUCUGUGUAGCCUCUGGGAAUGGGCGCCGGGACUCAGGGCUCUACGUGCAGGAGAUGGCUGACCUGGACACUGCCAAGCUGUACUCAGGGCUGCUCGGGGUGGGGGACGAGAUCCUUGAGGUGAAUGGGGCCAAGGUUGCUGGGCUGGGCCUGGCUCACGUCCAGGAGCUUCUGGCCCACUCAGAGAGUUUGUCACUACGUGUCCUGCGGCAGAGGCCUAUCCCACGGUGACCCAGAAGUGCAGCUGGAAGCUCUGAACUGCCCCGGGAUUGAAUGGCUGGAAUGCACUGAAGAGAUACUCUGUGGACCGUUUUAAACCACAGAUGAUGGUGACAUGUAGCCCCUCGGGCUAUGGCAGGGCUUCUGUGAUUGACUCCCCUAGGGCCAGAAAUCUGUGGGAGAUCAUUAAUUUAUGCAGAACUGGGGAAAGAAAAUCCUGAUGUCCUUUUUUGCUCGAGGUGAUGGCAACAUUGACUUGCCCCAUGUUGGGGCAUAUUGGAGAGAUUCCAUGGGUCCUUUAUUGGCCCUUGAGAACUGGUCCCAUUCCCCUUCAAAGGUGCCCCUAGUCCCCAACACUGCAGAACCAAAGAUGGAGGCCAUAUCAGCCGUCUCUCCUGGCUCCCACUCACCACCUUUGCUCCUCAUCCAGAAAGGGACACAGCAUCCUGGAGUAAUAGCCAGCCAGCCAGCAGAUACCCCAAGCCAAACCUCCAAACCUGUGGCCUGAUGAAGUACUCCACCCCCGUCAGGAUGUGAGAGUAUUUGGAAGAUGUUAUCUGGUACCCAGAACCUUAAGAAUUUCUAGGAAUUUUUUUUUUUUAAUGAUAUAUAAGGGGAUAUGUAGGGGGAAAAGUAAAAUCAAGGCCAAGUUCAGGGAAGUACAGCUGAG